UUUUCUUUAUCAAAAUGGUUGCUUGUUAGCAGAGUCCUGCUCUAUUUCUUCUUCAGAAAGUGUCUGAAUGAACCAUCAUGUCUGGAUAAACCUGUCUGUGCUGUUCACGAUGUUUCACCUCUGAUUUAUCUCCCGGUAGCCCACAAGGACAUUGAAGUUAGCUUAGCAUGUUAGCUGUAAAUAAACUGAUGGAGCUCAGCAGCAGACUGACAGUCUGAUGGAGACCAAACUGAGUUUCUGACGGAGAAAAAGUUUCUGUCAUCGUGUUAAAAUGUCUAAAAUCCAAAUGCUGAGAGCGUCGGUGACGCAGCGACUAACUGCGGCUGCUGAAGAGAUAUUUGUGCUGUUUGAAAGAUCGAUAGCAGAGUACGAGGAGGAACUUUCUCGAUCCAAAGAGGAGAACGAGCGACAACGCAAACUACUGGACGCUGCUUUCAACCCUCAACUUCAGCUACACAGAGCAGACGUCCAGCAGCUGUUGGAGAGUAAAGAAGAGGUUCCCCCUAAGCAGCAGGAGUGGAGCUCCAGUCUGGACCAGGAGGAUCCAGAGCCCCCACACAUUAAAGAGGAACAGGAGGAACUCUGGACCAGUCAGGAGGGAGAGCAGCUUCAAGGGCUGGAGGAGGCUGAUAUCACCAAGUUCACAUUCACUCCUGUCCCUGUGAAGAGUGAAGAUGAUGAAGAGAAACCUCAAUCCUCACAGCUUCAUCAAAGACAAACUGAACAGAUGGAAACAGAAGCUGAUGGAGAGGACUGUGGAGGAUCAGAACCAGCCAAGAACUCACAUCCAGAUAGACAUUUACAACCAGAUACUGAUGACAAGACUUCAGACUCCUCUGAGACUGAUGUCAGUGAUGACGACUGGACCAGGAGGGAAUCAUGUUUAAACUCUGUUAAAAAUAAUGUAAAUAAUAUUGACAAAGAAUCAUUUAUCUGCUCUGAGUGCGGAAAAACAUUUGGCCACAAGACAAAUCUGAAAAGACAUAUGAGAUGUCACACAGGAGAAAAACCAUUCAGCUGCUCAUUUUGCAGUAAAAGUUUCAAUCGGAGGGAACACUUGAUUGCUCAUAUGAGGUGUCAUUCAGGAGAAAAACCUUUCAUCUGUUCAGUUUGUAACACCAGUUUCAGUCAUGGUUGGUCAUUGGACAAACAUAUGAGAGUCCACACCGGAGAGAAACCGUUUUGUUGCUCACUUUGCAGCAAAAGAUUCAGGCAGCGCUCAGAUUUGGUGGCACACUUUCGAAUUCACACAGGAGAAAAGCCUUUUUCCUGCUCGGUUUGUAAUACAAGUUUCACUCAGCGUCACACUUUGGUUCAGCACAUGAGAACACACACUGGGGUGAAGCCUUUUAUUUGCUCAGUUUGUGGUAAAAGAUUUUCACGAAAGGGACAUAUGACGAGACACAUGACGGCUCACACUGGGGAGAAACCGUUCAGCUGCAGUGUUUGUGACAAAAGAUUCACAUGGCAGUCACAGUUUAAAAGACACGAGUGUGCUGGUGAGAGUAGCGGUGCUAAAUGAAGCUGUAGAGACGUAAUUACACACUGAAGCAACUGAAAAUUAAUUUCUUACAAGCUCAAAGUGUUUAACAGUCAAGGCAAGAAUGUGUAAUACAAUAAAGGCUAAUUGAUGAAUUUG